UUUUUUUUUUCCCUUUUUUUUUUUUUUUUUUUUUUUUUUUUUUUUUUUUUUUGCAUGAAGAUGGCGGCGCCGCUCGCCAGCAAGGCAGGGUCCGCCGGCACCGCCAGCAAGCCUCCCUUCCCGGAGCUGGAUUUCCGAUCGGGAGCCAGGGUGGAGGAAUUGAAUAAACUCAUCCAGGAAUUCACCAAACAUGACCAGAGGGAAUACGACGACCAACGAGCCCUGGAGAUCCACACGGCGAAGGACUUCAUCUUCUCCAUGCUGGGCAUGGUUCAGAAGCUUGACCAGAAGCUGCCUGUCGCCAAUGAGUACCUGCUGCUGUCCGGGGGCGUGCGGGAAGGCGUGGUGGACAUUGAUCUCGAUGAGCUGAAUGUUUAUGCGCGGGGCACAGACUACGACAUGGACUUCACCCUGCUCGUGCCGGCGCUGAAGCUGCACGACCGCAACCAACCGGUGACGCUGGACAUGCGCCACUCGGCGCUCUGCCACUCCUGGCUCAGCCUGCGCCUCUUCGACGAAGGAACCAUCAGCAAAUGGAAGGACUGCUGCACGAUCGUGGACCAUAUCAAUGGAGCUACCAAUUAUUUCUUCUCCCCCACGAAAGUGGCAGACUGGUUCUAUGACUCCAUUAGCAUUGUCCUUUCCGAGAUCCAGAAAAAGCCCCAGCGAGGGAUGCCGAAGGUGGAGAAGGUAGAGAAAAACGGGACCAUCAUAUCCAUCAUUUUAGGAGUGGGCAGCAGCCGCAUGCUGUACGACAUUGUCCCAGUGGUGUCCUUCAAAGGCUGGCCAGCUGUGGCCCAGAGCUGGCUGAUGGAGAACCACUUCUGGGACGGGAAGAUCACAGAGGAGGAAGUCAUAAGUGGGUUUUAUUUAGUGCCUGCGUGUUCCUACAAGGGGAAGAAGGACAAUGAAUGGAGGCUGUCGUUUGCCAGAAGCGAAGUGCAGCUGAAAAAGUGCAUCUCCAGCAGCCUCAUGCAAGCCUACCAGGCCUGCAAAGCUAUCAUCAUCAAAUUGCUGUCCCGCCCCAAAGCCAUCAGCCCGUAUCACUUGCGGAGCAUGAUGCUUUGGGCUUGUGACAGGCUACCGGCCAACUACUUGGCCCAGGAGGAUUACGCGGCCCACUUCCUCCUGGGCCUCAUCGACGAUCUGCAGCACUGCUUGGUCAACAAGAUGUGCCCUAACUAUUUCAUCCCCCAGUGCAACAUGCUGGAGCACCUCUCGGAAGAAACCGUCAUGCUGCACGCGCGGAAGCUGUCCUCGGUCCGCUCCGACCCCGCCGAGCACCUUCGGACUGCCAUCGAGCACGUCAAGGCGGCCAACCGGCUGACGCUGGAGCUCCAGCGGCGAGGCAGCGCCACCAGCAUCCCCUCGCCCCAGUCGGACGGCGGGGACCCCAGCCAGCCCGACGACCGCUUAGCCAAAAAGCUGCAGCAGCUAGUGACUGAGAACCCGGGCAAGUCCAUCUCCGUCUUCAUUAACCCAGACGAUGUCACCAGGCCCCACUUCAGAAUCGACGACAAAUUCUUCUGAGCUUUCAGCAAUGGUUCUUGGGAUGU